CGGAAGUGGCGCGCGACGCCAAAGUGCGGCUUGGUGAAAGUUACGCUGAAACGUCUUAACCUUAAAAAUUACCCCCUGGCUCAUGUUUUCGUCAGAUGACGGCGGUUGAACAGUCAUCAACAAUGUAACGGGCUAAACUUAACUUUCUGUGCCUCAGGCUGCCACGUCGCAUUAACGUUGUUAUACAGUCAGUGUUGUUUGGCUUUGGGGGUCCUCAUUUGAUUUGCCUCAGAACCGCAGCACAGAGCGACGGCGACCGGCGAUAAUCAUGAGACGGUUCCGUUGCUUUGGCAAAAGUGCAACCUCAUGAAAGCAGUCGCAUCCUCGCGGAGAUCAUGAGACAUGGAACGUGCUUGUCCCUCGUGUGUCUUUUUUUUUCGAGCAGAUAGUCUGCGAACGGCCCUCAGUGCGUAAGCAGGGAUGUUUGUGAGUCACACGCGGGAGUCCAGCAGUGCAAAGCCAAAGGGGGGCGUCCAGAAGGGCGUCCUGGUCACGGGGGGCGCGGGCUUCAUCGGAUCACAUAUGAUCAUCACCCUUGUAGAAAAAUUCCCACAGUGGCAGAUCAUCAAUUUAGACAAGCUGGAUAGCUGUUCAAGUCUUAAAAACCUCUCAUCUGUUGAUCAGAGACCAAAUUAUAAGUUCAUUCAGGGGGACAUAUGCAAUCCAUAUUUAAUAAACACUCUCUUUGAGAGAGAGAACAUUGAUAUUGUCUUCCAUUUUGCUGCUCAGACACAUGUAGAUCAUUCCUUCAGGUGGCCUGCUGAGUUCAAGCGGGUGAAUGUCGACGGUACUCGUGUGCUGUUAAAGGCAGCGUGUGAGGCUGGAGUUGAGAAGUUCAUUUAUGCGAGCACUGAUGAGGUGUAUGGAGAAAGCAUCGACAAGGAGUGUGAUGAGUUUUGUCCAAGGCAGCCUUCAAAUCCGUACGCCGCAUCAAAAGCUGCUGCUGAGUCCAUUGUGUUGUCGUACUGGAAGAAGUACAAGCUGCCUGUAAUUGUGACAAGAAGCAACAAUGUUUAUGGACCUCAUCAGUAUCUGGAGAAGGUCAUUCCAAAGUUUAUUUCACUUCUUCUGCUGAAUAAAAAAUGUCCUAUCCAAGGUUCGGGGCUCCAGUCAAGACACUUCCUGCAUACAGAUGAUGCAAUUGAGGCCUUCCUCACUGUCAUGGAGAAGGGUGUUCCAGGAGAGAUAUACAACAUGGGCUCCAACUUUGAACUGUCAAUCAUUCAGCUUGCUAGAGAGUUAAUUAAGAUGAUGAAGAGCACCUCUGCCGAAGAAGAUUUCAACAACUGGCUUGACUUUGUUGAAGACCGUCCUCACAAUGACCUGCGGUACCCCAUGAACUCGGACAAGCUGCAGGGGCUUGGCUGGAAGCCCUGUGUAACUUGGCCUGAGGGGAUCAGAAAGACAGUUGAGUGGUACAGAGCGCAUCCAAACCAUUGGUCAGUCAUUGAAGGGUCGACACAGCUCUGAUGAUAUAACGCAGACUGAGAGCUGUAGGGUCCACUGGAACUUGGAGACUCUUACUGUCCAGAGCUUUGAGACCUCUGUAUCAUAUUGAAUCAUUUUCAUUGAAUGAUUCAAUUCAAUGAUUCAAUGAUUUCAUUUUUUAGCCAGAAUUGUGAAAAUAUGAAACAUAUGCUGAUGAAUGUGUUGUUCAGUACUUAAUAU